AGGACGUCGACGAGCCAUUGAACAUACCAAUGACCACAGCGCACAGCCACUGACACGUGCCAGCAGCAGGUCCCGGAAACGGCGGGAUAAAGUUAACUACCUAGAAAGUGAGUCACUUCCAGUACUCUUGCCUUUUACUGUACUCUGUACACUUGACCCACGGUAUCACAGAUUUAUAGCUACCAAACUACCUCUCAAGCUUCUUUUGCAUUUCGUUGUCUCCCCGUCAUCUUUUCAGCAGUUGUCAGGGCCCUCUCCUAGAUAACCGUUGCUGCCCACCUCAACACCAUGUCAGAGUCGCAAUCCUUCGAUCUCCGGGACUACGCACAAUCCCGUGACUCCAUCCCGAAGUUUCACGUCUUCUGGAGAGUAACUCACGGCGGUUCCCAAUCCCGUCGUGAUAGCAAGACGGGCGAACUCCGUGCAGCAGCCAGCGACUUGCUUAUCGACAAUGAGGAGCGCUUGAAGAGGGCUGUCGCCAACCAUAUCCAGUGGUCCUGUAGGGAAAAGAGUCCGUUCUUGUCCGUCUUUUCCGACGAGGAGCAUGCUCGGAGAUGGGCAAAAUACUGUGAUCCCCCGGUCUACAUCACCCAAGUCAUUACGUCGCGGCUUCCGUCCGAUGUAUAUUAUUUCUCCGCGCCAACCCUGUGCAGAAGGCUUCAUAUCAUACAUGAAUAUGGGAGGAACGAAGUCUUUAUUCUCCACCGCAUUCCGUGGCAGGCUCUCGGUCGAAUGCGGGAUCUAGAUGGCAACCCGAAGGACAGCGGCACGAAUUCGAUGAUCAAGCUCAUUGGUGAGGCGAAUGAUACCUUUGCCAAGUACAUCGCCAUCACAGAGGAUUCCUCUAUUGCUUAUGCAAUUAGGAACCUGGCCGGGGAUAUGGAAGAGCACCAUCAAGCACAAGUCCGGGCCAUGGCUGAAGUGAUCAUUGACGACACCCAGGAAGGAAGAGAGCCUGACAAUGAGGCCGAUUCGAGCACCCAGAACCCCUUUUCCAAGGUGUAUCAGCUUCUACGACCCCCGCCGCGGCCGAGGGAAUCUAUACCCUUGCGCAUACCUGUGUCUUUGUCCGAUGACGACGAUGAGCCACUCGACAAUCAGUCUUCUUUAGAGGCUGCUCAGGACGAGAUAGCCAAGAACCCCGGAUCGCAGCCUAUGGAGCAACACGAGGGGGUUGGCAAGCAGACAGCAGCCGUGGCCUCAUCUCCAGCUGAGGAGCCUGGCAUUCCAGAUGUCGGUCGACUGACCCUACCGGAGGGCUCCUUUGUGUAAGCUGGGGAAGCUCUUACCGACGCUACCGAACCCUCUCAGGUGGCUUCCAUAGACGGCUCUGUGGAGGAGAACGUAAGGUCGGGGUCUACUACCACAGCAGCCUCGGCUGCUGAGAUUCCUGGAACGGGCACUGUUUCCGGUGUCUCACAACCUGAACCGAAGAAGAGAAUCAUCAGAAAACGAAGGGUCAAGAGCUCUGAGGCUGAUGGGGAGGAAACGUCUGUCUAACACGGACAGAGCACAGGCAGAGAUCGAUUGGCGAUGAUAAGACCGGGAACAAUUUG